AUGAGGGGAUGCCUCACGUGUCGUUUGCGCCAUCUGAAAUGUGAUAAAACCGGAACAAAAUGCCUGCGCUGUCAACGAUCCGGCCGCGAAUGUGUUCCAGCCCCGGGGAAAUCAGAGGAAGUCUCCUUCCGUCACGGUCAAAAUCCGUCUCUCCGAGGAAAGGGGCCCCCGAGGUACGGUGAGAGCGAUCUCGCCUUCCCGAACGAUCAGGUCUGGGUUGAAACCUCGUCGGAGUACGCCUUCAAAGAUGAGACCGAUCAGACAGCCGCGGAGUAUUUUGUCGUUCCCGUGAUCGGGCACCCAUCUAUCUCGCGCUCGUCAUCUGAAGCGCGCUCAACGCCUUCGUCCGUGGACCCCAUGUCCGGACCUAGCACUGUCGUUCUACCCUAUCUAACAGAGUCGCAAGCUAUUUCGCGCUCUACAUCCGAACAUUCACAACUAACCCCGAUCGGGCAACCGCGACUCGAAAAUGUGAACGAGGCCUAUCUGCUCCGACAUUUCCAGCGGCAUCUGGCAGACUGGCUCGAUGCCGGUGAUCCCGAGCGCCAUUUCUCGGCCGACGUCGCCAAACGGGCGACCCAGUCUCCACUUCUGCUGUAUGCCUGUAUAGCCGUAGCGGCCUGUCACCUCUCGCGAACAGCGCAUACCGUGUCCCCUGAAGUAGCGGACAAUUAUCACGAGCGCUGCAUCUCGAUCAUGCUUCCCGUCCUCGAUAAACCGGAUUUCGAUAUCGGGAUCGAUAUCCUGCUCAGUUCGACUGUUAUUCUCCGUUUCUUUGAACAGAUAUCCUCCCAUACCCCAUCCAACGACCCUCAACGCCACCUCCUUGCAGGUUCAGUCUACAUUAGUUCCCACGUCGACUGCGCAAUAAGCGGGAAUCUCGCAUCAGCUUCCUUCUGGGUCUUUGUAAUCCAGGAUAUCCAGUUUGCACUCACAUACCAGAAAUGUCUCCGAUUAACUUUCGCACCAUUUGAUGACCGGCUCCGUAGGUGGUGGGAGUCAAAACCGGUCCUCAGUGAUGGGGACUGGGUGAAUCGGGCUAUUUGGUUGUUGGCUGAGACAAUCGAUUUCUGCUACAAUGUCUCGGGACGGAAUUAUGGAGGUAGACUGGGUGUUGCGGGGGAGAUUGCGCUCAAGGAGAGGAUAAGGGAAUGGGAGUUGGAGAGGUCCGAUGCUUUUACGCCGCUGCAUGUUUCGCCUCCUGAUCCUGCGAGAGGAAAGCCUUUCCCCGUUGUUUGGUACACCAGUUUGGUUCACUCUACUGCGAUGCAGCAUGUUUGCCUUGCCAAGGCACUUAUGUUGAUUCGAAAAUACGAGCAUCAGGAUGGCAGGUUAUCUAGAGAAGAGCGGAUACAACUUAAGGAACAAAUCUCAGAAAAUCUGGACUACCUGUUUGGCAUCGCCCUCUCUGCAGACGAUGAACCAUCCUUACGAAUCAUGGCGUGUCAUGCUUUAUGUGCCUGCAGCGCAUGGAUCGACAACCCCGCCGCCCAAAACUUAUUAUUUGAUCUCCUCCGUCGAACCGAACGCGAAAAUGGGUGGCCGUGGGCUUAUGUUGAGCAACGGAUUUUGCAUACAUGGCAAGGAGGUUCACGAUGA